AUGCUUACAGUUAAGUGGGGAAUUGAUCACGGCUCAACAUUAGCUAUCAUUGCUCCUUAUCUCUUAGAAGAAUUCAUCGAUGAACGCCAAUACACUCUUGCACGCGCAGCCGAACGUGUUUUCGAUGUUCGUGAAGGCACAGACGCUGAAAAGGCUAAAACUUUCAUUGCUAAACUUCGUGAAUGGACAGUCAAGAUUGGCCAAUUCACGAAAGUUGCUGAUCAAGAAGGCGCUGUUUUAGCCCCAGGUGAUGUUGAUGUUGUCACGGAUAUGGUCAUGAAGUCUGAAGGUAAACCAUUUGGCUAUCAUGAUUCAAUUACUCGUGAACAUGUUCACCAUAUCCUUGAAGGUGCUUUCAAUCAACAAUAA